GCAUGGCUUCCCUUCUUCUUGCUGCCUGCCAUACAACAUUGGAGUUGUCGAGGAUGAUAUGAGGCUGAGCUGACCAACAGGGUGGGAAGGGGGAAUGAACAAGCAUUCCUAUUGCUCUACCCCUUUCUUCCCUGGGUAGAGGCUAAUUCAAAUCCAGACUGCUGGGGAUCACUCUGUCCUAGCCUGCACAGGCUGUCUGCCAAGAGGUGUGUUGGGGUGACUGUCUGGUAUCACCAAGAUGACGCUCCAUGCCACCCGGGCAGCUGCACUCCUCUCUUGGGUGAAUAGUCUGCAUGUGGCUGACCCCGUGGAGGCCGUGCCUCAGCUCCAGGACUGCAGUGUCUUCAUCAAGAUCAUUAACAAUAUCCACAACACUGAAGAGGGGCAGCAAAUCCUGAAGCAGCUGGUUCCAGAGAGAUUGAACUUUGUGUGCAGUUUUCUGCAGAAAAAUCGAAAACAUCGCUCUUCUCCAGAAUGCCCGGUGUCUGUGCAGAAGGUGAUGGAGGGGUCAGAGCUGGAACUGGCCAAGAUAACCAUGCUACUGUUAUACCACUCGACUAUGAACUCCAAAAGCCCCCGGGACUGGGAACAAUUUGAAUAUAGGAUUCAGGCUGAGUUAGCUGUCAUUCUUAAGUUUAUGCUGGACCAUGAGGAUGGGCUAAACCUUACUGAGGACCUAGAGAACUUCUUGGAGAAAGCUCCUGUCUCUUCCACCUGUUCCAGCACCAUUUCUGAAGAGCUUUCCCCAGUGAGCCACCAGGCCAAGAGGGAGGUUCGCUUCUUAGAGCUACAGAAGGUUGCCUCCUCUUCUAGUGGGAACAACUUCCUCUCAGGUUCUCCAGCCUCUCCCAUGGGUGACAUACUGCAGACCCCACAGUUCCAGAUGAGACGGUUGAAGAAGCAGCUUGCAGAUGAGAGAAACAAUAGGGAUGAGCUGGAGCUGGAGUUGGCUGAGAGCCGCAAGCUCCUAACCGAGAAGGAUGCACAGAUCGCCAUGAUGCAGCAGCGCAUUGACCGCCUUACUCUGCUGAAUGAGAAGCAGGCAGCCUGCCCUCUGGAGCCCAGGGAGCUUGAGGAGCUGCGUGGCAAAAAUGAGAACCUCACCAUGCGGCUGCAUGAGACUCUGAAGCAGUGCCAGGAUCUGAAGACGGAAAAGAGCCAGAUGGAUCGAAAGAUGAACCAGCUUUCUGAGGAGAAUGGGGACCUUUCUUUUAAGCUGCGGGAGUUUGCCAGUCACCUGCAGCAACUGCAGGGGGCCCUCAACGAACUGACAGAGGAGCACAGCAAGGCCACUCGGGAAUGGGUGGAGAAGCAGGCCUGUCUCGAGAAGGAGCUCAGCACAACCCUGCAGGACAAGAAAUGUCUUGAAGAGAAGAAUGAAAUCCUUCAGGGAAAACUUUCACAGCUGGAAGAACGUUUGGCCCAGCUGCAGGAGAACCCGCCCCAGGAGAAGGGCGAGGUGUUAGGUGAUGUCUUGCAGCUGGAAACCCUGAAGCAAGAAGCAGCCUCUCUUGCUGCAAAUAACACCCAGCUCCAAGCCAGAGUGGAAACGCUGGAGAGUGAGCAGGGCAAGCAGGAAGCCCAACUGCUGGCUGAGCGGGGCCGCUUUGAAGAAGAAAAGCAGCAGCUGGCCAGCUUGAUUGCCGACCUGCAGAGCUCCAUCUCCAACCUUGGCCAGGCCAAAGAGGAGCUAGAGCAGGCCUCUCAGGCUCAGGGGGCCCGGCUAACUGCCCAGGUGGCCUCUCUGACUACAGAGCUUACCACACUGAAUGCCACCCUACAGCAGCAGGAUCAAGAACUGGCCAACCUGAAGCAACAGGCCCAAAAGGAGCAGGCCCAGGUAGCACAGGUCCUCCAACAGCGAGAGCAGGCCUCCCAGGACCUCCGCCACCAGGUGGAGCAGCUGAGCAGCAGCCUGAAGCAGAAGGAGCAGCAGUUGGAAGAGGCAGCCAAGGAGCAGGAGGCGACCAGGCUGGACCAUGCUCAGCAACUGGCAACUGCUGCUGAGGCACGAGAGGCCUUCUUAAGGGAGCGGGAUAAGGCUCUUCAGCAGCUGGAGGCAUUGGAGAAGGAGAAAGCUGCCAGUCUAGAUUUUCUGCAGGAGCAACUUCACGCUGCUAGUGAAGCUUGGGACAGUGCCCAGGUCUCACUGACACAGGCCCAACGGGAAAAGGUAGAGCUAAGCCAAAAGGUGGAGGAACUCCAUGCUCAAAUUGAGGCAGUCCAUCAAGACCGGCGUGAGGUCCAGGCCCAGGUGGCAUCACUUGAGGCCCAGCUGAAGGCUGAGCAACAAAAAGCCACUGAGAGAGAGAGGGUGGCCCAGGAGAAGGGACAACUCCAAGAGCAGCUUCAGGCCCUUGAGGAGUCCUUGAAGAUCACUAAGGCCAACCUCGAAGAGGAGAAGCGCAGGGCCACAAACGCCCGAGAGGAGCAGCAGCGCUGCAUCUCUGAGCUGGAGGCAAAGUCCCGAAACCUGGUGGAGCAGCAUAAGCAGGAACGGAAGGAGCUUGAAGAAGAGAAGGCUGGGCGUAAGGGUCUGGAGGCCCGAUUACAACAGCUUAGGGAGACCCAUCAGGCUGAGACUGAAGCCCUACGGCAGGAGCUGGCAGAGGCUACGGCUUCCCAGCGCAGGGCUGAGGGUGAGUGUGAGCAGCUUGUGAAGGAGGUAGCUACCUGGCGGGAGCGAUUUGAGGAAAGUCAGCAAGAGGAAGCACAGUAUGGUGCCAUGUUCCAGGAACAGCUAAUGACCCUGAAGGAGGAGUGUGAGAAGGCACGCCAGGAGCUGCAGGAAGCAAAGGAAAAGGUGGCAGGAAUAGAGGCCCACAGUGAGCUCCAGCUUGGCCGACAGCAGAGUGAGCUGACCCAGCUCCAUGCCAACCUGGCUAGGGCCCUUCAGCAGGUCCAGGAGAAGGAAGUCAGGGCCCAGAAGCUGGCAGAUGACCUCUCUGCUUUGCAGGAGAAGAUGGCUGCUACUAGCAAGGAGGUGGCCCGCCUGGAGGCCUUGGUGCGCAAGGCGGGUGAGCAGCAGGAAACAGCCUCCCGUGAGUUACUGAAGGAACCCCCGAGGACUGGAGACAGAGAGUCUGAGUGGCCAGAAGAACAGCAGGGACGGCAGUUCUGCAGCACACAGGCGGCACUGAAGGCCAUGGAGCGGGAGGCUGAACAAAUGGGCAGUGAGCUGGAGAGGCUGCGGGUUGCACUGAUGGAGAGCCAGGGCCAGCAGCAGGAGGAGCGUGGGCAGCAGGAGAGGGAAGUAGCACGGCUGACCCAGGAGCGGGGCCGGGCCCAAGCUGACCUUGCCCUGGAGAAGGCAGCCAAGGCUGAGCUUGAGAUGCGGCUGCAGAAUGCCCUCAAUGAGCAGCGUGUGGAGUUUGCUACCCUGCAAGAGGCACUGGCCCACGCCCUGGCAGAAAAGGAAGGCAAAGACCAGGAGCUGGCCAAGCUUCGUGGACAGGAGGCAGCCCAGAGAACAGAGCUGAAGGAGCUUCAGGAAACCAUGGAGCAACUGAAGGCACAGCUGGCUAAGAAGGAAAAGGAGCACCAGCGGCCUGUAGGCAUGGCCAGUGGAGAAGAUGCUUCUGGUCCAGGAGCCCAGUUGAAGGCUGCUGGAGAGAAAGAGUCAUCAGGCCCUGAGGUGGAGGCUCUGCGGGCAGAGGUGAGCAAGCUGGAGCAGCAGUGCCGGCAGCAGCAGGAGAAGGCUGAUGAUCUGGCACGCAGCCUGGAGUCUGAGCGUGCUUCCAGGGCUGAGCGGGACAGAGCCCUGGAGACUCUGAGGGGCGAGUUGGAGGAGAAGGCCCGGGAGCUGGGGCAUAGUCAGGCCACCUCAGCUUCAGUCCAGAGGGAGUUGACCACCCUCCGCACCAAGGCCCAAGACCACAGCAAGGCUGAGGAGGAGUGGAAGGCCCAGGUGGCCCGGAGCCAGCAGGAGGCAGAAAGGAAAAGCAGCCUCAUCAGCAGCCUGGAGGAGGAGGUGUCCAUCCUGAACCGCCAGGUCCUGGAGAAGGAGGGGGAGAGCAAGGAGUUGAAGCGACUGGUUAUUGCCGAGUCAGAGAAGAGCCAAAAGCUGGAAGAGAGGCUGCGCCUGCUCCAGGCAGAGACAGCCAGCAGCAGUGCCAGAGCUGCAGAACGCAGCUCUGCUCUUCGAGAGGAGGUGCAGAGCCUCCGGGAGGAGGUGGAGAAACAGCGCGUGGCCUCUGAGAACCUGCGGCAGGAGCUGGCCUCACAGGCAGAGCGAGCUGAGGAGUUGGGCCAAGAAUUGAAGGCAUGGCAGGAGAAGUUCUUCCAGAAGGAGCAGGCCCUCUCUGCCUUGCAGCUGGAGCAUACCAGCACACAGGCCCUAGUGAGCGAGCUGCUGCCCGCCAAGCACCUCUGCCAGCAGCUGCAGGCUGAGCAGGCAGCUGCUGAGAAGCGCCACCGGGAGGAGCUAGAGCAGAGCAAGCAGGCAGCUGGUGGGCUUCGGGCAGAGCUGAUGCGGGCCCAGCGGGAGCUUGGGGAGCUGGGGCCUCUGCGGCAGAAGGUGGCAGAACAGGAUCGUGUAGCCCAGCAAUUGCGGGCAGAGAAGGCCAGCUACGCAGAGCAACUGAGCAUGCUGAAGAAGGCUCAUGGUCUUCUGGCAGAGGAGAACCGGGGUCUGGGUGAGCGGGCCAACCUUGGCCGGCAGUUUUUAGAAGUGGAGCUGGACCAGGCCCGGGAGAAAUAUGUGCAAGAGUUGGCAGCUGUGCGUGCUGAUGCUGAGACCCGUCUGACUGAAAUGCAGCAGGAAGCACAGAACACUGCCCGGGAGCUAGAGGUGAUGACGGCCAAGUAUGAGGGUGCCAAGGUGAAGGUCCUAGAGGAAAGGCAGCGAUUCCAGGAAGAGAGGCAGAAACUUACUGCCCAGGUGGAACAGCUAGAGGUAUUUCAGAGAGAGCAGACUAAGCAGGUAGAAGAACUGAGUAAGAAACUGGCUGACUAUGACCAAGCCAGCAAGGUGCAGCAGCAGAAGCUGAAGGCUUUCCAGGCCCAGGGAGGUGAGAGCCAGCAGGAGGCCCAGCGCCUCCAGGCCCAGGUGAACGAACUGCAGGCCCAGUUGAGCCAGAAGGAACAAGCGGCUGAGCACUACAAGCAGCAGAUGGAGAAAGCCAAGACCCAUUAUGAUGCCAAGAAGCAGCAGAAUCAAGAGCUGCAGGAGCAGUUACGGGGCCUGGAACAGCUGCAGAAGGAGAACAAGGAGCUGCGGGCGGAGGUUGAACGCCUGGGUCGUGAGCUGCAGCAGGCUGGGCUGAAGACCAAGGAGUCUGAACAGACGUGCCGCCACCUUACUGCCCAGGUGCGCAGCCUGGAGGCACAGGUCGCCCACGCAGACCAACAGCUUCGAGACCUGGGUAAAUUCCAAGUGGCAACUGACACCCUGAAGAGCCGUGAGCCCCAGGCUAAACCCCAGCUGGACUUGAGUAUUGACAGCCUGGAUCUGAGCUGUGAGGAGGGGACCCCUCUCAGUAUCAGCAGCAAGCUGCCUCGUACCCAGCCAGAUGGCACAAGCAUCCCUGGAGAGCCAGCCUCACCCAUCUCCCAGCGCUUGCCCUCCAAGGUGGAAUCCCUGGAGAGUCUCUACUUCACCCCCAUCCCUGCUCGGGGUCAGGCCCCUCUGGAGAGCAGCCUAGACUCCCUGGGGGAUGUCUUCUUGGACUCUGGCCGUAAGACCCGGUCGGCUCGCCGGCGUACCACACAAAUCAUCAACAUUACCAUGACUAAGAAGCUAGAUGUGGAGGAACCAGACAGUGCCAAUUCAUCCUUCUACAGUACACAGUCCGCCCCUGCUUCCCAGGCCAACCUGCGGCCUGCCUCCUCAACCCAAUCUCUACCCAGCCUGGGCUCUCCUGAUGACAGCAACUCAGCUCUGCUUAGCCUGCCUGGUUACAGGCCCACCACUCGCAGCUCUGCUCGCCGCUCCCAGGCCAGGGUGUCCAGUGGGGCCCCACCAGGAAGGAACAGCUUCUACAUGGGUACUUGCCAGGAUGAGCCCGAGCAGCUGGAUGACUGGAACCGCAUUGCAGAAUUACAACAGCGCAACCGAGUAUGCCCCCCACACUUGAAGACCUGCUAUCCCCUGGAGUCCAGGCCUUCCUUGAGCCUGGGCACCAUCACAGAUGAAGAGAUGAAAACCGGAGACCCCCGGGAGACCUUGCGCCGAGCCAGCAUGCAGCCAACCCAGAUUGCUGAGAGCACUGGUAUCACCACACGGCAGCAGCGCAAACGGGUCUCUUUAGAGACCCACCAGGGCCCUGGCACCCCCGAGUCCAAGAAGGCUACCAGCUGUUUCCCACGCCCCAUGACUCCCCGGGACCGACAUGAAGGGCGCAAACAGAGCACUACUGAGGUCCAGAAAAAAGCUCCAGCUGUUUUUAAACAGGCUGACCGACGUCAGUCAAUGGCCUUCAGCAUCCUCAACACACCUAAGAAGCUGGGAAAUAGUCUUCUGCGACGAGGAGCCUCAAAGAAGGCCCAGUCCAAGGCCUCCCCAAACACCCGCAGUGGAACCCGCCGCUCUCCACGCAUUGCCACCACCACAGCCAGCGCUGCCACUGCUUCUGCCGUUGCUGCCACCACUGCCACCCCUCGGGCCAAGGGCAAGGCAAAGCACUAAAGGGCCAAUACAGUGAGUGGCCCCACCUGUGUCCCCUGAUGCUGACCUCGCCUGGUCCUUUUCCUACUACUGUCCCUCUCAGUGCCUUCUCUCAGCUCCCAGGCCAAUGGUGGCCAAACCCCUAGAGACAGUGAUGCCUGCCCACGCCCUGGCCUAUUGCCUGGACUUUCACUGGCUCCUUCACAGAGCUGGCCCUGGGGCUCGGAGCUUGGACAGUGUGGGGCCCUCUCUUGACCUUGCCUUCUAAAUUUUUGUUGGCGCUAAGUCAAUUCUUCAUCAUAACCAGAUGUGAGGCUGGCUUUGAGUGGCUGGAUCCUUGGGCCCAGCCAGUCUUCCUCAGCCUCUGGAUCUAGAAGGGACCAGAAGAGCAGGCCUUGGCUUCUGCAUCUCCUGGUGGCUGGGACUAGCAGGGGACCUUGCUCUUGAUGGCAGUGGGAGCCCCUGCUCUCUUCCACAAGGGCACAGAUGCCCAAAGGAUGCUCUUUUCCAGGACAAACAGGCCCUAGGUCUCAGGGCUAGGGUGGGGUGGGAGGGUAGCCUUCAACAGCAGCUCACACCCUACCUUCCCCAGACUUGCACUGGGGUUGGACUUGGAGUGAUUGGAAGGUUUUUAAGGGCUGGGAUGGAUCUUUUUUAAAUGUUAUUUCUUGUAAAUAAAGUCUAUUUUUCUCCCUUGA